AUGCAACUGGGGGCAGAUUAUGAAAAACUUGUUGAGGAGUGCGAAAAGUUUAAGCAACAGCUAACAUUAAAUCUUGCAAAAACAUGUGAAACAAGAUUUGUUAACUCUAAAAGAUUGGUGUUCAUCAACAUGAUUAAAGAUUUAGAACCAGUUGUAAGUUGUCUCCAAAAUACACAAAUGGGGGCAAUUGAUGAUGACGCUAAGAAAAGACAAAAAGGUUCAGAUGCUGCAGCUCUGUCAUCCAGCAUUCUCAACACCAGGUUUCUCCUUCACCUCACAGGGUUGGCGAACAUUUGCAACCAAUAUGGCAUUCUUGUAAACAAAGUGCAAGAAGUUAAUCUCCUCCCAUAUGAAAGGCUAGAAGAGUUUCGAGCAGCUAAUGCGAAGUUAAGAAAGAUGGCAGAUUGUAUGGAAGAUUGCAACUUGUGCCCACUCAAAGAUAACAAAACGGUUUGCUAUUGGCAAGAAUUUCAUGCUGCUGUGAAGAGUGGAAAGAGGAAAAGACGAUCUGUUCUUUAGUGGUUCCAGAUGAUCCGUAUCCAGAAAAGAAAGUCGACUUUGUCAAGAAAAUGUUGUUGCAAGUGCAACACAUGAAUUGAAAGUGUUUACAGAAAAACUAUCCAAAGAACUGGAAGAAAACAUAUUUGAUGAAGAUGACGUUAAGGUUAUUUCACACACAAAGACAAUAACCGACCUCAAAUCAAUUCUGUACACAGUGAAACAUGAUGGUCCAAUAAAAACUGUUGCAACAAAGGCUGAUCAGUAUGUCAAAUCCAUUCGUGAACUGCCUGUCAGAUCCGUAGCCAGUGUGCCGGAUAAUGUUCUUUAUGCUCAAUUCCAUGAUUUAGUUGCUCGAAUCAAAUCACUUGUCCCCAUGAAUACUGAUACAAAGAACAUCAAUUCAAAGGACAUCAUAAAGGUCCUGAUAAAUGAAAGUUGUGGAAACUACAAAGAAAUUGAAAAGUUUGUACAAGCUGUGUAUCAGUGA